UAUCGAGCCAAAAUUAAUUUUACCUGCAUUGAUACAAGUGUUUUAUUUCUAAGAAAAAACCUACUAAACUACUGCGAAAAGCACCCUAUAAUUAAUUCAUUGUCAAAGGGUACAAUUCACGGUACACUUGUUUUAAGAAAAUGACAAUAUUUAAAUGUGUGCUGAACAAAGUGUUCCACUUGGUAUGUACCACAUGCAUUUAUUUCACGGACCAAGAACUAAUUCCAUCGGCGGAACUGAAUAUAUAUUUGCAUCUUAGUUUCAUUGAGUUCGAGUACUUCCAGCGGCAGUUGAUUUUGAAAGUCAAAUUAGUGGUGGUUUGAUCAUUUAGCCAUUUUUGUUAAAAGAAUGGCAGUAUUGAUAACUGCAUUUCUACUUGUAGUGAUGCCAGUAACAUUAAGCAAGGCAAAUAAGUCUACGAAUUUUCUUAAAUCCCAAAAUUUUAUUUUUGAAGCAGGUAAAAUAACAACAGCAUUUCUCCGAAAUUGUUUGAGACAAGAGGACACAGUCAAGGUGCCUUGUGGUCAAAACUGUGGCCAAAGUUUAUUGAAUUGCUUGUACGGAAAGGGCUUUGCACUUUUGGAUCGUCUGUUAGAGAAAGAUGAGGUUGAACUAAUGGACGGACUAGAAUUAGUUCGAUACAAAUCUGAUAAUCAGUCUGAUCAAGAAUGGCAUUCACGUUCAAUAAACAAGUCUCACGACCAGGAAAACGUUUUUACAUCCGGUGUUCAGUAUGAGAUCUACCAGCGAUUGGACAAAUUGUUUUCAACUCAUUUUCUCAAGAUUUAUAAACCAAAACAACUUGAUUUCGUCGAAGGUGAAGCUAGACAUCGCAGAAGACACCACAUGAUGCCAAUGAUGAUGGUAUUCGGUGUGUUGGUGUUAGGAAUGGUAAUUGUCCCGAUGGGUUUCCAGUUAUUGGCUAUUCUUGGGGGUAAAGCACUUCUUUUAGCAAAGAUGGCUUUGUUAUUAACAGCUAUACAAGGACUGAAGAAGAUUGCGACCAGCCCUUAUAAUUAUGGGCUUUACCAAGCUGCGCCCUAUCCAUGGUAUUCAGAUAGGAAAUGGCUAGAUGAUGAUACCGGAAUAAACGAUAAUUACCAAGAUUCCUAUCCUAAAACUCCUGGCAAAUCGUCAGGGCUGUUUUCAUUCUUAAGUUAACUGAAUUAAAUAUUUUUAUUUAUCAACUGAUAAAACAACUAAAGUGAAGUGUUUUACAUUGUACUAUACUACACAGUUGUAAAAUAUAUUUAAAAAAUUA